AUGAAUCUUAAAGAUCUUCCUCCAGAUGAACGUAUGAAAAUUGCCACCCUAUUAGCUGAGAAGGAUAGUGUCAAGGAUAAUUCAUGGAUGUAUGAAAAACCAAAAGAGAAUCCAGAAGCAUUUCUGUUGGGCAAACAAGUGAAAAGUUUAGAUGAAAUUCAAGAAAUUAGUAAAGAUUAUGAAGAGUCCCCAGCUCAACGAUUGGCUAGAUUCGAUAUGGAGGCGAAAUUCCGUGAAGAUCCCUUAACAAUUAUGAAACAAAGAGAAGCGGAAAAACGCAUGGAAUUGUUACAUAACACAGCUAAGGUGAAAAAGUUAAGGAGACUUUUAACAGAACAAAAAUUACGUAAAGAGAAACAGAAAGCAAUACGUAAACAUGCCAAACACAAAAAGAAACACAAACGUCAAAAACGCUCCAGAACGUCAUCGAAAUCAGAUAAUAAAAGUAGAAGUCGAAGUAGAAGCAGUAGCAGUAGUACUAGUUCAGAUGAUGAACUAUUAAAUAAAUUUAUUAAAAUUAUUCGUCAAUCAGAUAAAUUAGAAAGUGAACAGACUGUUGGUGAUGAUGAUGAUGAUAAGCCUCCGUGUCAAACACCGCCUCCACAAUCACCUCCAUCAUAUAAACAAUCAUCCAGUUACCAUGGUAACCGUGGUCAUCAUCAUCAUCAGCAACAGCAGCAUCCUCAUCCUUCACGACGUGAACAGAAUAAUUAUUCCUCCAGACAGCAUACAUAUUCUUCGAAAAGACAUGAUCGUGCUGAUGAGUCAGAUAUAUCGAGACCAAGAUUACAUAAUAAUAGUAAUAAUAAUAAUAACGAUAAAAAGCCGGAUCACUUCAAAUCGUCAUCAUCGACAUCCUCAGCGGCAGCAGCAGCAACAACAUCCAACCGAUCAAAGUUAUCGAAAGAAGAAAUUGAAGCCAAGCGUUUACAAAUGAUGCUUGAUGCUAAAGAACACGAGAAAGAGCGUAUUCAUCGAGCCACAAAACACUAUGAAAGAAAGAGAGUUGAAGAAGAAAAUGAAAUGGUGACAAAAUUUUCACAUGGACCAUCAUUUAUUGGCCAGCUGAAAAAUCGACAUGUUGAUUUGACUACUGUGGAAGAAAGUGUACAUCGUAAAGCCAGUAGUCGUCAACGUGGUGAUUUACAUGAUAAUUUUUUAAAACGUUAA